UCCUUUCCGAGUCGCCCGCGCUGCUGUUCGCGGUUCUGUGAACCGCGGUAAGAGCGAGGUGGGGUCCGCGAGGCCCGGGGAAGGGUGGGACCGGGCUAAGCGUACCCGAGUUCGCAGGACACGGCGGCCCCGGGCUCCCUCCUCGGCCAUGGCCCCCGCGCCCAGGUUCUUGCUGUCGCCGCCGACUUUGCUGCUGUUGCUGUUGCUGCUGAGCCUGGCACUGCUAGGCGCCCGCGCCGAGUCAGCCGCCGGGAGCGCUGUCCCUGCGCAGAGCCGUCCGUGUGUGGAUUGCCACGCGUUUGAAUUCAUGCAGCGCGCCCUUCAGGACUUACGGAAAACGGCCUACAGCCUGGACGCGCGGACGGAGACCCUUCUGCUGCAGGCUGAGCGCCGGGCUCUGUGUGCCUGCUGGCCGGCUGGACGCUGAAGAUCCUCGGCCAGUGAUGUUCCCUGUCAAUAAAUGCCUGCUAGCA